AAAAUUCGCAACAACUGAACAGGUAAAUUUUCCAUAUAUGCGUGGCCAUUUUAACUGAUUUCGUGAUACCGCAGAGGUUUGUGAUUUUGCAUGCCUAAAUUGUAAUGCGAAUAAACCACAAUAAUCGCAGGCACAGUAAUCAUUACGUUUUACUUCACUUCACUUUGUUUUAAACCCUGCUUUUGAGAAGUUUGUCAUUGAAAAGAUCGUUGAGGAAGAGCUAGGUUGGCAGAAGUGAGAAAGAAAAACGUGAUUUAUCGAGGUACAAGUAGUGAACGUACAGAAAUUUCGGAACAUUGGAAAAUAUCAACUGGAGUUCAAGAAAAACAUAUAAGGACGUAAAUACUUCAGUGGGAAACAAAAGAAAAACAAAAACCGUAUGUGGCUCCGCCUUUCGCGUAGUGGUAGUGCUUGAAAUUUGAAGAUAAACGUGGUGGAGGCGGAAUUGUGUCGCUAUCAAAAGAGCAGCAGCACGGUUGACGUACUCAUCAUAAAACAUAUUUUUGUAAGGCGGUUCAUCAAUUGCAAGGUCUUUUAAAAACAAAAAUCAGGAAAUUACAUACUAAGAUGGCGCAAGAUAAUACGGAGAUGGCAACUAAAUUUUCCACACUCAAUGUAAACGCUGUUGAAUUUGUUCCCAGUUACGGUUACAGUAGCGUUGCUGCUAGUGCGGCAGUAGCGGCGGCAACUGUAGUAACGCCAGGAGGUAACACACCAAAGGUUGUCCCUAUGGAUGCAGCAUCGCUGCCAGCGUCAGGCAGUGCUACUCCCGCCACAACCCCAGAUUCUGCUGGCUCAGGUGGCUCUAUAAAUGCUUUGAAUGCCACUGCCUCAGCUGCUGCUUUACAAGCGGUACCGCCAGGAGCAGCCACCGAAACACCAGCUGAUUCUCCAAUGCAAACAUCGCCUGUUACCACACCUUUGGCUGUUGCGCCCAUCGAAAAUAUUAACACCGCAGAUGAAAUUGCUGAAAACAAUGAAAAUGACCCAGCUGAUAGUUGGGAUAUUGAGGAUGAUCCUAUUAUAACUCCGGAUGACGAGGAAGCUGACGAUGGUAUUGAAGACGCAGAAAAUGAUAUUGCACCCAAGGUCUCUAAGAAGAAAACACCGAAAGUUGAGGAAUCGCGUAGUAAAAAAGAACAUGUAAAUGUGGUCUUCAUUGGACAUGUUGAUGCUGGUAAAUCAACAAUAGGUGGUCAGAUUAUGUACCUAACAGGUAUGGUCGAUAAGCGUACACUUGAGAAAUAUGAGCGUGAGGCUAGAGAAAAAUCACGCGAAAGCUGGUACCUUUCGUGGGCAUUAGACACCAAUCAGGAAGAACGUGACAAGGGUAAAACUGUUGAAGUAGGCAGAGCCUUCUUUGAGACAGAGCGCAAGCAUUUUACUAUUUUGGAUGCUCCUGGCCACAAGAGUUUCGUACCCAAUAUGAUUGGUGGCGCUGCACAAGCCGAUUUGGCAGUGUUGGUCAUCUCUGCACGAAAAGGUGAAUUUGAAACUGGUUUCGAUCGCGGUGGGCAGACGCGAGAACAUGCUAUGUUGGCUAAGACUGCUGGUGUUAAACAUUUGGUUGUUUUGGUUAAUAAAAUGGACGACCCGACUGUAAAUUGGGAUGAGGAACGUUACAACGAAUGUAGAGACAAGAUUUUACCAUACCUCAAAAAAUUGGGAUUUAACCCUUCAAAGGAUUUAACCUUUAUGCCUUGCUCUGGUUUGGGCGGCGCCGGUUUGCGUGAUCCUGUACCAGCUGCUAUAUGCCCUUGGUACAGAGGGAUGGCGUUCAUACCUUUCAUUGAUCAGUUGCCUUCACUCAAUCGCAACGCUGAAGGCCCAUUCAUAAUGCCUAUUGUUGAUAAAUAUAAGGAUAUGGGUACUGUUGUAAUGGGAAAAGUGGAGUCAGGAACAGCGCGAAAAGGACAAAACCUAUUGGUUAUGCCAAAUAGGACACAAGUUUCCGUAGAUCAACUAUUUUCCGAUGAUGAUGAAGUGACCUCUGUGGGUCCUGGCGAAAACAUUAAAGUCAAACUGAAGGGAAUUGAAGAAGAGGAUGUUUCCCCCGGAUUCGUUUUGUGCGAUGCUACCAACCCUAUUAAAACCGGCAAAGUUUUCGACGCGCAAGUAGUUAUUUUGGAGCACAAAUCUAUUAUUUGCGCUGGCUACUCGGCGGUCAUGCAUAUUCACUGCGCAGCUGAGGAGAUAACUGUGAAAGCAUUAAUUUGUUUGGUUGACAAAAAGACGGGAGAAAAAUCAAAAACACGUCCAAGAUUUGUAAAACAAGAUCAAGUGGCAAUUAUGCGUAUUGAAUGUUCCGGAAUGAUUUGCCUUGAACAGUUUAAGCUAUUCCCACAAAUGGGUAGAUUUACGCUGCGAGAUGAGAACAAAACUAUUGCUAUCGGCAAGGUGUUGAAGGUAAUCGAAUAAAUUGAGCACAGCUAAAUUGUUCGAAUCACCUUUCUUCUAAACAAGAAACAAAAAAGAGCCUAAAUGAACAGCGUCAGACUCGUUAAACGGAAAUCAUUAAUGCCAUUUCAGACAAAAAUGAAAAUGAACAAUGAAAAUGGGCAAAAUAUGAUGAAUAAAAAGAAAUUUAAAACAAACACACAUACACACUUAAUUAUAAUAUAAAACGAACGAAAAAAUAUGAAAAGUGAACAUAUUAAUACAUAAUUAUAUUAUUGCUAUAAUUAAAUAUGAGAACUUAUAUACAAUUACAGAUUUUAUUUUUUCGGUUAAAUUAAAAAAAAAAAGUCAAAAACCGUAAGUGAAUUACUAACGCAAAUGAACAUUUAAAUAACUGCUGCUAAAAGUAAGCGUAAUGAAAUUUUGAAUUGAGUUUUUUAUAUAUUAUAUAAAUAAUAAAAAUCGAUAGCAUUUUAAGGUCGAGAUAUUAAAACAUGAAAUAAAAAUUUAAACACUAUAGCGCAGUUCCCUUCAGUAACAAAUAUGACGAUGCAACAACCUAAUAAGAAUGCAGAACACUUAUCGAAUGUUAAACCACAUACAUACGUAUAAAACACAUUAACAUUACGUUUCAUUCAUCCGCUAAUGUCACUGCAAAAAUAACAUAUUUUAGCAAUAAUUGCAAAAUUCAUAUAUGUAUGUAGUAACUUCUGGCCGCCGGAUGUAGAAAUGCAAAAUUAUUACAAAAUACAGACUGAUAUCGGGUUGGUCUGAUCGAGCGGCGAGUGAGUGAUACACUUACACACACGCAUAGACACAAAGUUACCUAACUUUAAUAAACAUAAAUGCUGAAAGGAUUUUUUACUUAAAACGUUUUCUAGAUAUUCCUUUCUUACGUAGCUUUACAAAAAAGUGUUUAUUUAUUAAAAAAUUCAAAGAAAAAAUAAGCUUAUUGUUUUGACGAUCGAUGAUUGAUCGAUGGGCCUGUUGAAUUGGCAUAAAACUGCAUGGAUGUUGUCUAGAGUAUAUUGGUUUUAAGUGGUAUUUUGCCAGAUAUCUAAUCGACGGAGACGAGUUAUACCUUAAACGGCUAACUACUACAUCAGUUAAUCAAAUUUUUUGGCGGAAAUUGAAGAAUAAUAUACUUUUUGUUUUAUGAAUUCCAACGAACUUUUAAUUUUUUUGCACUUUUUAAGUUGUGAUAUGUAUUUUACCAUUCAAAAUUCAUUGAUAUUUUGUAUGAUUAGUUAUGGACGUUUUCUUAUAAUGCUUGAUUAUGAGUUAUCAAAUCUGCACAACUUCUCCAUUAUCAAAUAUAACAAAGUCAAAAGAAACGAAAAGCAAUUGUACUGCUUAGCACUGACACAAAAUGAGUAAUGUAUUUACCUACAUAAAUAUAUCUAUUUAUAAAAGAAACAAAAUUUGAUUUUUUUGAGAACAAUUGAAAACUUGCAAUUUUAUGGGUCGAUUAUGAAUAGCAAUGCAACCUCAGUUGAGAAUAGCAACUAUAGUUAUGUGCUACAAAGUUUAAGAUAAUCGAUUUUUUUUUUUGCUAACAGCAACCAACAUUUGAGUGUAAAUAAGCCGUGGAAACAGUUGAAAAAAAAUAAAUAAAUUUUCACAAUCAAAAUUUCAGCGGCAACCACAAAAAUGUAGUUGCCAAUAUAGUAACUCAGUUGCCAGCUUUCAGUCGUCAGUUGCCAUCUGUAAUACUAUUUCAGCCACUGGCAACGCAACUGAAGUUCGGUUGUCAUCCGUAAUCGACUCAUAUUAAUCUAUUUAAAAAUCCAUGCAUUAAAGCUCAUAUUGAAAUGUUUGAUUUAACUACAAUUGAAUUCAUGUAUGUACUAUGUUUGCAUUUUGACUACAUUUUAAAAUAAAAAUGAAAUAAAAACUAUUAA